UCAUCGCGCACGGACAGCAUGAACAUCUAUUGCAUAGACGUGAGUGUUUACUGGCAGUUUCUUCGUUAUUUUGUGAAAAAUUGUGAUAUUUUUGAUUUCAAUUACACUACAAUGUGAUUGAUUAUUAUUUUUAAACAUGUGAUGAAUUUUCUAAAAUAUUAUUUGUAAAAAAAUUGUUUACACUUUAUAUUUCAAGUUCGAAAACAAUUUGAAUUUGAAAUUUAAAUUUAAAAUUUAUUAUUAUAUUUCAAGUGUUUAAAGAAAAUGUGAUGACGAUUCUUCUAGAUUCUUCAAUGAUUUAUAUCAAUAAAAGUUUCAGAAUUUGGUGAUAAUCACGCUAGAUGAAGAGGACACGUGAACAAGCGCUGUGAAACGAUGCCGUCAUCUAAUCUAACGUGAGCCGCGCCAUUAGAGCGGAUCUUCUUUGUCGAGUUGCGUAACACGCAACGAUAGUGAGAACGUACACAAGAGACGGUGAAACAUAACGAAUGAAGCAUUGGUCUGGCUAGAUCAAGAUCAAACGGCCUGGCGGGAGAUCCUUCUCGAGAUCAUCGGGAAUGACGGCCAUUCGAUUUGGGCCGAUGAAACGACGCCGAGAGGAAGACGUUUCAACGGCGGUACGAGAAUGACAACGACCAGGACGGUGGUCGGGAUCUCGAGGAUCCUGGUCCUCGUUCCUGUCACCGUCUGCGCGACCAUUUCUUACGUCAGUGAACAACCGCCGCGAUGCAGCAACCGAACACCGCCACUUCAGACAUUGGCGAAAUGUAAAUACGACGUUGAUUGUAUGAAGAAUGCUUAUUGCUGGAACCAGGAAGCCUGUUUGUGCAAGGAAAAUUACAUUGUCUAUAAAAAUCGCACGCACGUGGAAUGCCUCAAAGUCGCGAAUUCUAUCGGAGAUCCUUGCGAGGCGGACAUUCAGUGUCGCGUGACCUUCGCUCCUUACUCGGAGUGCCGGCAAAAUAUCUGCCAAUGCUCCGAUGGUUCUCACUACGUGGAGGGAAGGUGUUACGAGUCUGUAGGUCUAGGAGAGCCUUGUCAAACGCACCGGAACUGCUACAUCAGAGACAGUUACUGCGUGACAGGAUAUUGCGCGUGUACUUUGAAGUAUCAUCCUAAUCCUCGCAAUGAUGGUUGCAUACCAAGUAUCGAAUUAGGGGAAAAGUGUUUCAAGGAUUACGAAUGCGUGGCGGAGAAUUCGAGAUGCAUCGAUAUUUGUUCGUGUAAAGUGGAUCAUGUAUUAUCGAAAGAUGGGAAACAAUGCCUGAAAAUUCGCAAUUCUGUGGGGGAACCGUGCCAAGAGGAUUCUCAAUGCCAAUUAGGCAUCAAAGAUUCUGAAUGUGGACCCGAUGGUAAAUGCAGUUGCAUCGAAAAUUUCCAUCAACGAGGCUCCAUAUGUUUCAGAGAUAUGAUGUUGAACGAUCGAUGCCAAAGUCAUAGAGAUUGUGUCACCGUCACUUAUAGGCAUUCCAACAUCACCACAGUGAUGAACGUCGAUUGUAUAGACAGUAUGGAUUCACUUUUUCGCCCGAAAAUUAUAUAUAUAUUUUUCCUGAGAACAUUGUACUUUUUUCAGAUACAUGCGUUUGCGCCAAGGAUUACAUUAUGUCAAAGGAAUUAUACGAUUGCAUCCGAUAUAGCGACAACGGCGCUGAAAGUACAGUAGUUUCUUGGCAACAGAUUUCUCGAAUUCUUCCUUUUAUAUUUUUCACGAGUUUUUCGAUACUUUGAGCAUCGUUUGAGCUU